UGCCAAUAUAUCUGGGGUGGUACUUUGAAGGAAUGCUGUGAAUAGUUCAGUUUUAUUGCUGAGAUAUUCUGCAUUUUGAUGUAUUAUUUUGAGCUUUUGUCUUGAGUUGGUUUCUAUACUUUGUAAUGACUGGAGCCUUAUGGAUCCAGUCUCUAUUAGUUUCCCUGGUUUGAGUUGCUCAAAGCUAUUACACUUAAGUAAUUUAUUUUUGUUUUGCCUAUUAAUUUACUUAUUUCUUGAGAUAUAUGCUCUGUGCCUAUUUUGUUUAGGUGCUGUUCAUGCCUUGUAUGACAGGCUCUGCUUAUGUUACUUAUGUCUAGUGCUUUUACAUUUCUGAAUCUUCUACAUACCUUGUUUAUUUCCAUAUUUGCUCUGCUUAUUUCCUUAUUUCAUAUUGAUUCUUUUAUUAAAUCAUGCCUAGUUGGUAUAUUGAGAACCACAACAUUUGUAGGGGUCAGUGCAGAAAGUGUACUUUUUAAAGUUGUUAUACAAUUCUUUGUUUCAUUCCUGAAAAAGUCAUUGGCACCCCCCGUAAUUACAACAUGGUCCUGAGGGCUUAAUACUGCACAGUCUUUUUUACACAGUGUUUUAGUACAUCUUUCACCUUAGCACCAGGCCUAACUUCACCAUACACUGAGAUAUCCACAUUAGUUUUACUGAGUGACGUAGGUAUAUCUUGGCCAUAACCAUCAAUAUAGAAUAUUAGUUUAUUUUUCUUUUUUACAUUCACCUUUGGGCGACUUGAUUCUUUCCUCUCUUCAAUCUCAUCACCAACUUCAUUUAGUGUGUUAAAUCUGUCACACGUUAAAACUAAAGAAUGCUGAGCCACUUUUUUACUUUUUCUUGACUUUGCUCUUGCUACUUGGCACCAGUUAUUAUCAUCUUCAUGGUGUACCAGGAGAUGCAUAUGUUGAAUUCUCUCUCUCUGCAGGACAGAUAUAAUUUCCUGCAAGGAGGAUAUUUCUUCUAUCAGCUUACUAAUGAUUUUGCUGUUGUCGAAAUCCCCAGUCUCUUUCUCAUUUACCAGGUUGUUCCACUUGAACAUUAAACACAUCGUCAUUGGGUAUCAGGUAUUUUGUCUUCACUCACAGUACUACAUUAUUAAAAUGAUACCAUUUAUCGCAGUUAUCACAUAAUAUUCCAUUUCUAACUACUUCAUUACAUUUACCACACUUAUUAUCCACUAGAAUGUUAUUGCCUGUUGCUGCCAUAAUCCCAACGAAGAAUCGUUAUUAUCAGUCUUAUCACUUAUUCACACACAAUAUUAAAAAUUGUGCCGUAAUGUGCACACUAACUAAAUAAAUAUGGGAGAAAACAAAGUAUUUACUGCACUUCUAAUUCACCUUUAAGAAACCACACACCGUCAGUCAUGCUUUGUGCUUGUUUGCGCAGUAGAAUUUUAUUAUCUGCCAAUUCUCAUAGCCUAAAAACUGAACAUUUUUUUACCGAUCUUGUGUUAGUUUUCAUAAUCCAUCUGGGGAGAUUACAUGGUUCUCAAUAUUAUAACAAUUUGGUACAUUAUGUAGGAGAGGGAGCAAUUCAAGGAGAGUGAUGUGGGUAGGUCAUGUAGCACACAUGUGAGCUUCAGAAAUGUAAUACAAAGGUUAGGAUAUAAAACCUGAAAGAAUGAGACCACUUGGGAGAUGUUUGUGCAGAAGGAUUUUAGAGAUAUAGUUUUGGGGUGGGUUUGUACUGGGUUUGUUUGUAUCGGAAUGAAAAAGUCUUGAUGGGCAUGUGGGAACACAGUAAUAAGCGCUUAGGUAACAUAAAGAGCAGAUAAUUUCUAUGCUGCCACAGGGACCACUAGUUUCUGAGGAAGAUCCCUGCAUUAUGAACUUAACACUUUCGAACAUUAUGAAGUCUAGAGAAGAAAUCCAUAGAGAACAGCUUUUAUGGGGUAGAUGUAAUGAAAAACAGCUACAGCAAAAAGAAGGUAGAUUGUUUGAUGUAUGGUGUUGUACAUCCGUGACUGAUAGAAGAUAUGAUGCUUUUACAGAACUGUACAAAUUCAGAGAAGGUUUUAAUGGGUCCAUAUGGUGAGAUAUACCCAGCAAGUCAUGAUGCAAACCAGUCCAUGGAUAUAAAAGUUGAGGAAGUCUCAGACUCACGAGAGGAAGCGGAUCCUGUGCAAAUAACAAUUCAAGAGAUAAAGGCUGAACCUGAGGAUAAUUUGAAUGAACUUCAACCUGUACAUGGUGAGGAGCGACGAUAUUCCUGUGAUGAAUGUGGUGAUUCAUUCAGUCAAGAGCAAAUUCUGAUUGCACAUCGAUGCACACAUAUUGGGGAGCGGCCAUUUUGUUGCACCCUGUGUAAUAAGUCAUUCAGCCGUAAGAGUCAUCUGAAGUCACAUCAGCAGAUACAUAGUGGGGAGCGGCCAUUUUGUUGCACCCUAUGUAAUACGUCAUUCAUCCGUAAGAGUCAUCUGAAGUCACAUCAGCACAUACAUAGUGGGGAGCGGCCAUUUUGUUGCACCCUGUGUAAUAAGUCAUUCAUCCGUAAGAGUCAUCUGAAAUCACAUCAGUGCAUACAUAGUGGGGAGAAGCCAUUUUGCUGUAAUAUAUGUAAUAAGUCAUUCCAUGUGCAGAGUAGACUGAAGACACAUCAGCGCAUGCAUAGUGGGGAGAAGACAUUACUCUGUGACGUAUGUAAUAAGGCAUUCAGUGAGCAGUAUAGUCUGAAGAUUCAUCGGCGCAUACAUCGUGGGGAGAAGCCAUUUUGCUGUAAUGUAUGUAAUAAGCCAUUCAGUCAGCAGUGUGAUCUGAAGACACAUCAGCGUAUACAUAGUGGUGAGAAGCCAUUUAGUUGUGAUGUAUGUAAUAUGUCAUUCAGUCAGCAGAGUAAUCUGAAGAGACAUCAUCGCAUACAUAGUGGGGAGUGGCCAUUUAGAUGUGAUGUAUGUAAUAAGUUAUUCAGUCAGCAGAGUUCUCUGAAAAGACAUCAGCUCAUACAUGUUGAUGUGUGUAGUAAAUCAUAGAGCAGUAGAGAUGGGUUUAGUUUCUCAUGUUGUAAUUAAGACAGUUUUACUGUGUGUGGCAUGCUGCAUUUUUGUAGAUUGCUACAAGAUAUUGGAGUUGAUUGCUAUUGCCAACUUUUUGAACUGAUGGCUAAUGAACUGAGUCCCGUGGUACAAGACGUCUAUGCAAAUCAGUUCCAUUUGAUUCUGAUUGCUGAAUGCGCACAUUACCAUCUUAUUGAGUGAAACAGACAUGACACUCUCCUACAGCUGUGAUGUUCAUUCAGCAGUGAAAAUUAACUAUUAGUAGUGUGUAGUCACUGAAAUUGAUCGAGAGCUUAUAAACAUAAUUCGGCGGCAGCAUAUGUGUUUUGCUGUAUUUUAUCUGUGCCCUUUUGCCAUUACAUGUGAGUAAAUUCAUUGAUCAGUUAGUUUCAGAUUGAUAUAUCACUUGGAAUGAGUAUAUUGAAAUAACUAUCGUGGAUUUGUUAGACGAAUACGAACUAUGCUAUAUUGGACAUUCCAAAUGACAUAUCUUUUGGCGAAAUUUCUGAUUAUUCACACUUUUCUUGCCAAGGAACACUUGCUUUACUUUACUUUUCCAUUUUGUCUGUCUUCACCAUAUUGUCACAAUUAUUCACAGUCACAAUUACUGCCAAACUAAAGACUGACUACUCUUCUAAGAUCAACUACAAACUGAACUUGUCUCUUGUUGAAGCUGGACUUUUAGAAACUGCGUACAGAAUCAAUUGAGAACACCAAGUCUCAAGGGUCAUUCCACCUGCUGCUCUCGAAGCUGCUUUGACAAUUCGUGUGUAAUGGUGAAAACUCACUGUUAUAAUUCCAAUAUUGCAUUGCAUCCCAUUGUCAAGAAAAUCAACUCUGAUUCCUAUCCGCUGUCUUGGGAACGUUGGUUGUCGCCUAGGAAAUUAACUCUGAUCUCCUCAGUCACUCCAGCUUUCUGGUGGCACGCCACAUUGCUCCCUUCUUAAGGUUUUUCAUCCCAAACAGUUUCCUUUUCCUUCAUUUCUGGCGAUUCCUGCUAGUAUCAUCUGCGUUCGGUCUUGCCGUUCUUCGCAUGUCUUUUGCGCAGUUUAUUCUACCUCAUCCGCCCUUGAGGGGUGCUCGUCCCAAUCAGCUCCAUGGUAGUGUUUGGUCAGUUCAGUUUCAUCCAACGUGUUCCCUAUCUCACACUUUCACUCUCGCUGGGGAGGCUGGUGCUUCUACGUUACUGGCUCCUCCUCUAUGCACUGUUUCAUUUUUUCUUUUGCUUUGGUGGGGUUGGGCCCCUCCACAGGGUCCAAUUCUUGAUGUUUUGUGAUGGGAGAGGAGUUCUGAUAAUUUGCAUCACGGUCUCAUGUCCGAUCAUAUUUCUGAAAGUCUCGAUCCUUGUUCCUCUGUUACGUUGCUGUUGCGCCCGUUGUCUCUUCCAGAGCGUCCAUCCUUUCGAGGAUCCUUACACCACUUUGUUCCUGGUGCUGUUCCUUCCGACCGAGUUUUCCUUGCACCAUGCUACUUUCGCAUGGCGGGCUAUCCUUCGGGGUACGGCCAGUCUUUCCUGGAAGAUAUCUGUCCCUCCUCGUGUCUCCACUGCAGAAUGGGACCCCUUCCUGUCGUUUUGCUUUAUCUGCCAUGCCACUUUCGCACGGCAGCUUGUCCCUCUGUGGUUGACGGUCAGUCAUUUUCGGCACCAACCCCAAUUCUGGGCCCAUUUCUCUUUCUUCCAUCAGCUUUGGUCCCUACACCUCUUCUUCGGUCCUCCGACUGACAAAAUUUCGGCUUCUUCUUUCGGGGCUUUGUGCUGUUGGCCCUCCUUAAGUUUCCUGUCCCCUAAGGUCGGCUUUUCUACUUCCAGAUGUACCUCCUUUCCUUGGCAGGCCAUUUUCUUUACAUCUCUUUUGUGUUCAAUUUCAGCAAGCAUUUCUUCGUGGCUACCAUCCAUCACUACACCAUGAGAAAAACGUCAUCUGCUUUAAGUUACAAGGUCUUGUAAAGUCACCUAACUCUUGCUGAAGUAGCAACUGAAAAGUAUAGCAUAGCCACCAUAUAAGGAAAUUUUUUGACAAGAAUUCAGAAAGAAAAUGUGACAUGACCCAAUAUUAUAGUUUGCAACACUGUUAAAUGGAACUGAUGGCAAACAGUUGAAUUGCUGACAAAAACAGUUUCCUAAAAUAUUCAUAAAAAAGGAUUUGUUUUAUCAAGUGAAAUGGGUAAAAUACAAUAAACAAGGAUUCGCUAUGUGAA